AUGCUUAAGCUGAGGAGCAUCUGCACGACGCUGAUCGGGGGGAAGGUGUACAACAUUAACGGGAAAACGAUCCGAGAGGAAAAGCUGCUGUCGGAGGGGGCCUACUCAUUCGUUUAUCUAGCGAAAGACCUAAACACGAAUAAGGAAUACACCAUAAAGAAAACAAUUUGUCAAGAUAAGGAGAAGCUACAAAUGGCACAGAAGGAGAUUCACAUCCUUAAAAGUUUACCCCCACAUAAAAACAUCGUACAGUAUUUCGGAUCGACCAUCAUAAGUGAAAACGGAAACAAAAUAGUCAUCAUGCUGAUGGAGUUCUGCGAAAGGGGGAACCUAUUAACCAUAUUUGAGAAAAAUAAAGACAAAAUAAAGGAAAAUCAUAUAGUGAAAAUUCUCAAGGAUAUAGUGAAAGGGUUACAUUUUCUACACACUCAGGAGAUUCCAAUUAUACAUAGGGACAUAAAACUGGAGAACAUCCUUUGUGAUAAGAAUGGUAUCUAUAAAAUCUGUGACUUCUGUUCACAUAGUGUCUCCAAUGCGUUCUUUCCAAACGAUUUAACGAAGAAUGCAUUAAACGUAUUGAAGGAGGAAAUAGAGAGAGAUACAACGUUUAUGUAUAGACCUCCAGAGUUAAUUGACUUAUAUGCCAAUAGAGAAAUUUCAUCCAAAGUUGACCUCUGGAUGGUUGGUUGUAUUCUGUAUUUGCUUCUUUUUAAAGUGCACCCCUUUCAGAAUCAUCAGAAUAGCUUUCUCUCCAUAAUCAAUGGAAGUUUUAUCAUUCCAUACCACUCCAAGUACUCCAAAAGAAUCAUCUCCAUUCUGCUCAUGACGCUGAAUAAGAACCCACAGGAGCGGCUAGACUCUACGACUCUUCUGUUCAUUUUGGAGAAUUACGCAGAAUUGAAAAUCUGGUUUAAUCACAUCCCCAGUGAUGUAAGAAAAAUGGUAAAUCAGAUUUUCGAGAAAAUCAGUGAACUCAAUUUGAAUAACAAACAGAACGAGAUGAUCGAAAUUAGCAACGGCCGUAUUUUGGAUGUGAAGAUCUCUUCGCAGAAAUACGAGACACAGGUGCAAAAGAGUAGCGCCCCCAGCCCCUUCUUCAGGUUCUUCGCCCCAAGCGCAGUGGCGCAGGAUCCCUUCGGGAGGAAGCCGCCGGGGGGGGUCAGCAGCGAUGUGGGGAGCAGUGUGAACAAUGGAGUGAUCAACGGAGUGUCGUCGAAGCCGCAUGGUUCUUCCAAGCUGGAUAGUGACGAGAAGCAACCGGAUGGUACCGCUACCCAACCGGAUAGUUGCGCCUCCCAACCUGAUGCUGCCAUCGCCCAAGCGAAUAGCACCAUCAAGGAAGCCCAGCUGAUCAGCAUCGGAAGUGCGGAGAGCGUGGGCGACCCUGUGGGCGCCACUCAGAAGGGGUUGAACGUGGAUUUUCUCAACCUGAACGGGGACGCCGUUCAAGGGGAGGGACAGCCGGAAGGCGGGGUUAAAGACAGCAGCUGCGAGAAUAGAAGCCUCGUGAAGAACAUAACUCUCGAUAGCGAGAUGAGGAUGUUUGGCUUCGACAGCGGCUUUGGCAGCGGAGCCGAGUGCAGAAGUGAGCACGGCAGAGAGGGCGCAGAUGCAGUCGCAAAGCAAGGUGUCAUUCCAGUUGCAACCCCAGCCACCAGUCAAGUCUCCAAUGGAGCCGCGAACCUAAGCGCAGGCCUCCAUGCAGACCCCAGUCAGGGCCAAAUCGACUUCAACGAAUUCUUUGACCCCUGGAGCGCCUCCAAGGGGGACAAGAGGCCUGUCGCGCCAACAGGUAAAGCGGCUCAGGAUGGACACCCAGAAGGGACCCAGUACGACCUAUUCGAAAAGGAUGUGGCCCAUUUUAAGGAUUCCACCUUUAAGGAUGCCACUUUUUUUAAGGACGCGACGAAUAAUGAGCCCUUUAAAUACACACCCAGCUUGGACGAAAUGAACGUCACAAGGAAGGGCGCCGACGUGACAAAUGAGACGCUAUACAAAGUAAACCAUUACGACGAUUUAGACAACGUGGAAGAUUGUUUUCCUACCUAUGACGAAGUCAAUUUUGGGAAGAAAGUGGACGUUUCUUUCAGCACGAACGCAGACGUCUUCAGUGGGGCCCCAAAGGACCCAUCCGGCAAGUUCAUUGCGUCGGAUAAAAAUGACAAGUUUUCGGAGCUCCUGGAGGAGUUCCAAAAGUGUUCCAUUUGA